GGCGGGCCCGGGUGGGGCCGGGGGGGCCGGGCCGGGCCGGGCGGGUGGCGGCGGCGCUCCGGGUGACAACGGUCAAUAAUGAAGGUGGCCGCGGCGCGGCGGCGGGCUGAGCUGCGCCUGGCGGGGGCGGCGCCGGGGCCGCGCCUGUAGGACCUCCAGGCCGGCGCGGCGCCAUGGGGACCCGGCGCGGGGAGUGAGGUGGCGGCUGCGGCGGCGGCGAGCGGAAUUUCAGCCCGAGGGCUCUCGGCUUCCCCCGCUGCCCGGCGGCCUCCACCUGCAGCCCCUGGGCUCCCGGCCCCGCCGCGGGACCGAGACGGCACCGGCGGGGGCAUGUGGCGCUGGGUGCGGCAGCAGCUGGGUUUUGACCCACCACAUCAAAGUGACACAAGAACUAUUUACAUAGCAAACAGGUUUCCUCAGAAUGGCCUUUACACACCUCAGAAGUUUGUGGAUAACCGAAUUAUCUCCUCCAAGUAUACUGUGUGGAAUUUUGUUCCAAAAAAUUUAUUUGAACAAUUCAGAAGAGUGGCAAACUUUUAUUUUCUUAUUAUAUUUUUGGUUCAGCUUAUGAUAGAUACCCCCACCAGUCCAGUUACCAGUGGACUUCCAUUAUUCUUUGUGAUAACAGUAACUGCCAUAAAGCAGGGAUAUGAAGAUUGGUUACGACAUAACUCAGAUAAUGAAGUAAAUGGAGCUCCUGUUUAUGUUGUUCGAAGUGGUGGCCUUGUAAAAACUAGGUCAAAAAACAUUCGGGUAGGUGAUAUUGUCCGAAUAGCCAAAGAUGAAAUAUUUCCUGCAGACUUGGUGCUUCUGUCCUCAGAUCGACUUGAUGGUUCAUGCCAUGUAACUACUGCUAGUCUGGAUGGAGAAACCAACCUGAAGACACAUGUGGCAGUCCCAGAAACAGCAGUAUUACAAACAGUUGCCAACCUGGAUACUCUUGUGGCUGUGAUAGAAUGUCAGCAACCAGAAGCAGACUUGUACAGAUUCAUGGGACGAAUGAUAAUAACUCAACAAAUGGAAGAAAUUGUAAGGCCAUUGGGACCAGAGAGUCUCUUGCUUCGUGGAGCCAGAUUGAAAAACACAAAAGAAAUUUUUGGUGUAGCUAUAUACACUGGAAUGGAAACCAAAAUGGCAUUAAAUUACAAAAGCAAGUCCCAGAAACGAUCUGCAGUAGAAAAGUCAAUGAAUACCUUUUUGAUAAUUUAUCUAAUAAUCCUUAUUUCUGAAGCCAUCAUCAGUACUAUCUUGAAAUAUACAUGGCAAGCAGAAGGAAAAUGGGAUGAGCCUUGGUAUAACCAAAAAACAGAACAUCAGAGAAAUAGUAGUAAGAUCCUGAGGUUUAUUUCAGACUUCCUUGCUUUUUUGGUACUGUACAAUUUCAUCAUUCCAAUUUCAUUGUAUGUCACUGUCGAAAUGCAGAAAUUUCUUGGAUCAUUUUUUAUUGGUUGGGAUCUGGAUCUCUAUCAUGAAGAAUCAGAUCAGAAAGCUCAAGUCAACACUUCUGAUCUGAAUGAAGAACUUGGGCAGGUCGAGUAUGUGUUUACAGAUAAGACUGGUACUCUAACAGAAAAUGAGAUGCAGUUUCGGGAAUGUUCAAUCAAUGGCAUCAAGUACCAAGAAAUCAAUGGUAGACUUGUACCUGAAGGACCAACACCAGACUCUUCAGAAGGAAACUUAUAUCUUAGUAGUUUAUCUCACCUAAACAGCUUAGCCCAUCUUACCAGUUCCUCUUUUAGAACUAGUCCUGAAAAUGAGAUGGAACUCAUUAAAGAACAUGAUCUCUUCUUUAAAGUGGUCAGUCUCUGUCACACUGUCCAGAUUAGUAAUGUCCAGAUAGAUGGGAUUGGUGAUGGUCCCUGGCAGCCCAACCUUGCGCCUUCACAGUUGGAGUACUAUGCGUCUUCCCCAGAUGAAAAGGCCCUAGUCGAAGCUGCUGCAAGAAUUGGUAUUGUAUUUGUUGGCAAUUCAGAAGAAACCAUGGAAGUUAAAAUACUUGGAAAACUGGAACGGUACAGACUGCUUCAUGUUCUGGAAUUUGAUUCAUAUCGUAGGAGAAUGAGUGUGAUUGUUCAGGCACCUUCAGGUGAGAAGUUUUUAUUUACUAAAGGAGCAGAAUCAUCAAUUCUCCCUAAUUGUAUAGGUGGAGAAAUAGAAAAGACCAGAAUCCAUGUAGAUGAAUUUGCUUUGAAAGGACUAAGAACUCUUUGUAUGGCCUACAGACAGUUUACAUCUAAAGAGUACAACGAAAUAGAUAGACGCCUGUUUGAAGCUAGGACUGCCUUGCAGCAGCGUGAAGAGAAGUUAGCAGAUGUUUUCCAGUUCAUAGAGAAAAACCUAAUACUGCUUGGAGCUACAGCAGUAGAAGAUAGACUACAAGAUAAAGUUAGGGAAACUAUUGAAGCAUUGAGAAUGGCUGGUAUCAAAGUAUGGGUGCUUACUGGAGAUAAACACGAGACAGCUGUUAGUGUGAGUUUAUCGUGUGGACACUUCCACAGAACCAUGAAUAUCCUUGAGCUUAUAAACCAGAAAUCAGACAAUGAGUGUGCUGAACAGCUGAGGCAGCUUGCCAGAAGAAUCACAGAAGAUCAUGUAAUUCAGCAUGGGUUGGUGGUGGAUGGAACCAGCCUGUCUCUUGCACUCAGGGAGCAUGAAAAGCUGUUCAUGGAAGUUUGCAGAAAUUGCUCCGCUGUACUGUGCUGUCGAAUGGCGCCGCUGCAGAAAGCAAAGGUAAUAAGACUGAUAAAAAUAUCACCCGAGAAGCCCAUAACAUUGGCUGUUGGUGACGGUGCUAAUGAUGUGAGCAUGAUCCAAGAAGCACAUGUCGGCAUAGGAAUCAUGGGUAAAGAAGGAAGACAAGCUGCAAGAAACAGUGACUAUGCAAUAGCUAGGUUUAAAUUCCUCUCCAAAUUGCUUUUUGUUCAUGGCCAUUUUUAUUAUAUUAGAAUAUCUACCCUUGUACAGUAUUUUUUUUACAAGAAUGUGUGCUUUAUCACACCACAAUUUUUAUAUCAGUUCUACUGUUUGUUUUCUCAACAGACACUGUACGACAGCGUGUACCUGACUUUAUACAAUAUUUGCUUUACUUCCCUACCUAUCCUAAUAUAUAGUCUACUAGAGCAACAUAUAGAUCCUCAUAUUUUACAGAACAAGCCCACCCUCUAUAGAGACAUUAGUAAAAAUCGUCAGCUAAGCAUUAAAACAUUUCUUUAUUGGACUAUCCUGGGUUUCAGUCAUGCCUUUAUUUUCUUCUUUGGAUCCUAUUUUUUGAUAGGGAAAGAUGUAUCCCUACUUGGAAAUGGCCAGAUGUUUGGGAACUGGACAUUUGGCACCUUGGUCUUCACAGUCAUGGUUAUAACGGUCACAGUAAAGAUGGCUUUGGAAACUCGUUUUUGGACCUGGAUCAAUCAUCUUGUUACCUGGGGAUCUAUUAUAUUCUAUUUUGUAUUUUCAUUGUUUUAUGGAGGAAUUCUCUGGCCAUUCUUGAGCUCCCAAAAUAUGUACUUUGUAUUCAUUGAGCUCCUAUCAAGUGGUUCUGCUUGGUUUGCCAUCAUCCUCAUGGUUGUUACUUGUCUGUUUAUUGAUGUUGUGAAGAAAGUGUUUGACCGACAGCUCCACCCUACAAAUACUGAAAAGGCACAGAUGUACUCCAACACAGCUGCUCUAAGUGACGAGUUCAUCGCACUGCAGCCAUUGUCGAGGGCAAGGAAUCAGCUGAGCAGACUUAGCUUACUGAAACAAAUUCAAGUGUCAAGUGCUUGGACUCCAUGUGCUGUUUCUCAGAAGGAGAAACAGCGUGCACAUCUGUUGGAAGAAUGCUGGAACGAGUUAUAGGAAGAUGUAGUCCGACCCAUGUCAGCAGAUCAUGGAGUGCAGCGGAUCCUUUCUAUACCAACGACAGGAGCAUCUUGACUCUCUCCACAAUGGACUCAUCCACUUGUUAAAGGGGCAGUAGUGCUUUGUGGGAGCCAUUUCAACUCCAUCCCUAGAAUUCAGUGUGAUCAUCCUGGUAAUGGCCACACUAGCUCUGCAGAAUUACUUUCUGAACCCACUCAGAGUCAUACUGCAAACAAACAAAAAGCAUUAAUGUAAACCCCCUAAUUUAAAUUUGAACACGUUAAAAGUUCUGAGUAAAGAAACAUUUCCCAUCUCUUUGUCUGGGCUGUCCCUUGUGCUUAGGGGACUUCCAGUGGCAUUUCAGCCUCUCCUUUAAGGCCAUUAUAUUUUAAUAUUGAGAUAGAAAAGAGAGGUGAUUCCUAGUUAAUUGUAUUUUUUAGUAGUAGCUUGGUUAUUGAAACUUCUAUUUAAAUCUGCUUCUGUAAAUUAUGCUUAAAAGUUUGCCUUGAAAACUCUAUUUUUUUAUUAGAGUUAUAUUUGAAGUUUUCAUGGGAAAAGUUAAUGUGAAUAGUACAGAACUCUGGGCCCUAGGUGAGCCACCUCGUUAAUUCAUUAGUGCUUUCUGAUUUCACAGAGCAUAUAGGAGAAUGCACUUCCAGCCACUAUUUACUGCCUAUGGGGAGUAAAUAUAUACUGACAUCAGACUUCUCCAAAUGUCCUGUAACAAAGCUAACCAUGUACAUGCAAAGGUUUUACCCUAUCUUACAUGUAAAUCAGGAAUGAAGUCCAUUCAAGUUUCAAACUAAUGUUUACUAAUAUUUUUGUAACAGAUAUGAAGACUCUGUCCUGGGGACAUUAGAUGCUAUUAGCAUAUUGUUAUUUAACGUGUUUAUCAUUGGAUGUUUUGCAUGCUUUAAUCUGGUCAAUAUAUUUAAAUUUGCCUUACUUUUUUUUUCCUAUCUGAAGGCUGUGUUUAUAGUAUUUUGACACUGUUGUGAAGUUCAACAAUAUCAAUAAACAAGUUUGGACAGUAUUUAAAUAUUGCAAAUACUUUUAAUUAUACAAAUCAGGUUAUUAUGUUAAUUAAAUCAUUAAAAAUAAUCUUUCUGCAUCUGUCUUAAGAUUGUUCUUGCCUCUCAGUAAGCUACAGCUUAGAAUAAAGACUCUCAUAUAAGAAUCCUGUUGUUUUUGAGUUAGUAUGUGUUAUCUAAGCCAUGGCAGAGUGCUCCAAUAAAAUAAAAUCUGUCCAGUGUUCCAUUAUGAGGCAUCCAGGCAGGGCUAUGGAAUGGAAACGAAACCGCUAUUGCUGUAGUCUGUGCCAUAAUCACAGCAACAGGUCAGUAUUCGAGCAGUGACUGAUCAGCUCCAUGUUGCUGUAAGUACUGUUCCCUUCAGCACUUCAUCUCCAUCCUGAAAAGUUAGGUAGAACUAGAGCUGCCACUUGCUUUUACUUAAAAAAAAUUACUGACUCAAGAGCUUUUUGCCUACCUCUAAGCAUAUAGUAGGUAUAUUAAAAAAAAAAAAAAAUUGGAAGUGGUUAAAUGACGUUUUGCCAGAUUUCUUCAUGUAAUUAAUUCCUUUUUCAAUCUUCCAUGUUCUUCCUGGCUCAUAAAUCCAGGACUUCUAAUUGGGCUGAGAGGGAAAGAAUGCUAGGGUCAGUAAUUAAGAUUUGAUCUGUGUUCUCUGGUAACUAUUUUCUUGCUAUUAUUUCAAUCUAAACAUAAAGUUUCAUAAGUAGCGAUUCUUUAACUUCUACAUUCCAAAAAUUGUUACUCUGGAAAUACAUUAUAAGGAUAAUAAAAGGUACUAUUUCCCACCCACAGGUUAAUGUUUCAAAAGAGGGAAUUAUUGCAAAAAAAAAAAAAAAAGAAAGAAAGAAAACUAUUCAGUAGUUCAGUGAAUAAUGUGGAAUUUUGCUUUUCCUUAGUCUGUCUUAUAAAAUGUAUACACAAUAAAAAGGCAUUCAGUAGGCCUGCAUUACAUCUUUACCUUCCAGUGCUUACUUGUCAUCAGCUAAGCUGACCAGUGACAGUACAAACGGACCGCAGGACCACCAGGCGCUCUUUGACCAGCAGCCGCAGAGUAGGAGGUCACCUGAUCUUUAUGGUGCUUAAGGUACGACUGGUAUAGAAGGAUUUCUUUGCAUUCACCGUGUGAAGUUAUUCAAGAACUUUAUAUAUUUUGUUGAAAAAAGAAAAAAGGAAAGAAAGACUGGCAUCUGCUGAUAUGCUGUCCUCCUUUGUGGUUCAAAAUCUAUUCAAGUCAAAGAAGAUUAUCUUGUAAGAAAAGAUUCCUGUUUAUUUUAAAAAGCAACAGUGUUGUCUACAUUCCUUCAAUAGCUUUCUACUGUUGACACUCAUAUCGUAAAGCUGUUACUACCUAACCAGGAAUCAGUUUCCCCUUUGCCUAAUUUUUUAAAAUUAUUUGACAAGUCCGAUGUUGAUGAACUGACUUCUUAUCUGCCAAGUCCAAAGUAAGAUGCUCCCUGUGUUUCCCUUAGUCAGUGUUUUCUCGGGUCUGUUUGCUUGCCUUUGCUUUGUCUGAAAGCUGUAGCCCUAGGGGUAGGAGCAAGCACCAAGUCUGUUUCCAGAAUUGCCUGUCAGCUGUUGAGGUGACUCAGCACCUUGCCUCAGCUCUGCAGGCAUUAAGCUCACCUGAGGAGCAGGAGCGUCAGGGCCAGAAGAACCUCCACAAGUCUGGCCCGUACUCUGCUUCGGUUUUGUUUUUGUUUGGUUCACUGCUGUUAUUACUGUUUUGGGGGGAGGAAGGGAGGAAAUUGUACAGUCUGAAUUUGUUAACUAACCUCUUCUUGGGUCUUAAUUCUCAUGAUUUCCAAACAUUUUCCAGAUCUGUCCCGUUUAAUCCUCUGUCCCGUUUAAUCCUCAAACAGGCAAUUAAGCAGAAGCAGUUCACCUUAUUAGGAAAUAACUCAUACUCAGCCAAUCCCUUCUGCUACGUAAUUAUGAAACUGGAUUUAUGUGGGAAACCUGAGCCACUCCUGACAGACAGGAGUCAAGGUCACAAAAAAAAAAAAAUCAUAGGUAGCACUAAACAUUUUUAAAAUACGCUACUUUUAUUGGGGAAUGAAGAAAAUCAUAUUUCAGUUUCCCUCCUAAGACUAAUUUGUGGUACAAACAAGCUGGCAUUAGUAAAAACACCAAAGAGUUAUGAAAAAUGUUUUAUUAAUUUUGGUCCCACUUUAUAUUCAUUUUGUUUCUUUCUUGAAAUGAGUUAUUUUCAUAUAAAUAGAACAUGACUAAAGUGUUAGUUUGGAUAACUUGAAUGGUUUCCUACAAAAUGAGAUUAUAACUAAUGAUGUCUUUGUAAUAAUGAUUUGUUAGAUUUUUAAGAAGCAUUAGUAACUGGAAGUACUGUAGCAACACUUAAAUUUCUGAACUUCACACAUGUGAAGUGGCUGUCUAAUACAAGCCUUUACAAAUUCUCUGCUUUGUGAGUCAAUGUAAUAUAUUUACUGUACAGCUCUUGGUAAUUUUUUUAAAGUUUCUGGAAAAUAAAUAUAUCAAAUAAAAAUUCCUAUGUAAUUAAAA